GCAGCUGCAGCCCUGCCAGCUCCCGCCCAGCUCUCUUUGAGAAAAGGGGAGCAGGAACUGGACUAGCGGGGGAGAAACUCCCUGCAGAGCUGCUUCCUACACGGAUCCGAGGAGGAGCCUCUCCCGAAACGGGCACUGGACUGUUCUGACGUGGCGAUUCCCUCGGGAGCCCCGGGAGUUUGAAGACCGAAGGGAGAAGCCCGCAGAGAGCAUCAAAGGCUGAGGGGUGCUAUAAAAGGAACAGGGGAGUUCUUUGAAAAGAAUCUGUCAUGCACCGAAAUGCUUUCUGGAGAAGGUGCCAUUAUCUGCCUCCCCUUUUGCUCAGAUAAAAGGAGCCAGCAAGGACAGUACUGAAAUAUCCCUCAGGGGCCUUUUGGUCAUUGUUCCUCUUUCCCCUGCUCACAGCUAUUUGCUGACCUUUCCAGAGAAUCUCAGUCCCCCCAGUUCCAGCUGAGAAGACAGUUCUUAAUAAAAAAAAAAAAAGAAAGAAAAGUCUGCUGUUGGAAUGGGAGGUGCCGCUUGCUUGCUGUGGUUCUUUUUGCUGUGACAUUUUGGAAUGUCUGCAGAAACAAAAAAAGUAAUUAAAAAAACCUCAAAAACUCCCGGGAUUAGGCAAGAAAAAAGGAACUUUUUUGCCAAAAAGAAGUAAAUGAGAGGUGGUAACUUAUCCCUGAUUCAGGACCUGGAUGAUCAAAAUCUUCAAGUUCUAGGAAACAGCACUUCAACAAAUAAACAAACAUGAGAAGGAGUAGCUGUGGGAUCCCGAUAUCACAGAGAGACAGGUUUUAAAGGGAGCCAGAAACGUGUUCAGAAUUUGGGGGCUGUAUGAUGCCUGAAGACAGAAGUACUGGGGGGCGCCCCUCAGGUGCCUUGGCGUCUACUCCUUUCAUUCCUAAAACUACAUACAGAAGAAUUAAACGGUGUUUUAGUUUUCGGAAAGGCAUUUUUGGACAGAAACUGGAAGAUACUGUCCGUUAUGAGAAGAGAUACGGACACCGUCUGGCUCCAAUGUUGGUGGAGCAGUGCGUGGACUUUAUCCGACAAAGGGGGCUGAAGGAAGAGGGUCUCUUCCGACUGCCGGGCCAGGCUAACCUUGUCAAGGAGCUGCAGGAUGCCUUUGACUGUGGAGAGAAGCCAUCCUUUGACAGCAACACAGAUGUACACACAGUGGCAUCACUUCUUAAACUGUAUCUCCGAGAACUUCCAGAACCGGUUAUUCCUUAUGCCAAGUAUGAGGAUUUUUUGUCUUGUGCCAAACUGCUCAGCAAGGAAGAGGAAGCUGGUGUUAAAGGAUUAGCAAAGCAGGUGAAGAGCUUGCCAGUGGUCAAUUACAACCUUCUCAAGUAUAUUUGCAGGUUCUUGGAUGAAGUACAGUCCUAUUCAGGAAUUAACAAAAUGAGUGUGCAGAACUUGGCUACUGUCUUUGGCCCUAAUAUCCUGCGCCCCAAAGUGGAAGAUCCUUUGACCAUUAUGGAGGGCACUGUGUUGGUCCAACAGUUGAUGUCAAUGAUGAUUAGCAAACACGAUCGCCUCUUCCCCAAAGAUGCAGAGUUGCAAAGCAAGCCCCAGGAUGGAGUGAGCAACAACAACAAUGACCUUCAGAAGAAAGCCACCAUGGGUCAGCUACAAAACACGGAGAACAAUAAUACCAAGGACAGUCCUGGAAGACGGUGCUCUUGGGACAAGUCUGAGUCUCCCCAGAGAAGCAACAUGGAUAACGGAUCCCCCACAGCUCUAUCAGGCAGCAAAACCAACAGCCCAAGGAAUAGCGUUCACAAACUGGAUGUCUCUAGGAGCCCCCCUCUCAUGGUCAAAAAGAAUCCCGCCUUCAAUAAGGGCAGUGGGAUAGUCACCAAUGGGUCCUUCAGCAGCAGUAAUGCAGAAGGACUUGAGAAAGCCCAAACCACUCCCAAUGGGAGCUUACAGGCCAGAAGGACCUCUUCCCUGAAGGGGUCUGGUACCAAAAUGGGCACCCACAGUGUACAGAACGGAACGGUGCGGCUGGGCAUUUUGAACACAGAUACCCUCGGGAACCCCGUGAAUGGUCGCAGCAUGAGCUGGCUGCCCAAUGGCUACGUGACCCUGAGGGAUAACAAGCAGAAAGAGCAAGCUGGAGAGUCGGGCCAGCACAACAGACUCUCCACCUAUGACAACGUCCACCAACAGUUCUCCGUGAUGAGCCUUGACGACAAGCAGAGCAUCGACAGUGCCACCUGGUCCACUUCCUCCUGUGAAAUCUCCCUCCCUGAGAACUCCAACUCCUGCCGCUCCUCCACCACCACCUGCCCGGAACAAGACUUUUACGGUGGGAACUUUGAGGACCCCGUUUUGGAUGGGCCCCCACAGGACGACCUUUCCCACCCCGGGGACUAUGAAAACAAAAGUGACCGGAGGAGUGUGGGUGGUCGAAGUAGUCGUGCCACCAGCAGCAGCGACAACAGUGAGACCUUUGUUGGCCACACCAGCAAUCACAGUGCACUGCAUAGUUUAGUGUCCAGCCUGAAGCAGGAAAUGACCAAACAGAAGAUAGAGUAUGAGUCCAGGAUAAAGAGCUUAGAACAGCGAAACAUGUCUUUGGAAACAGAAAUGAUGAGCCUCCACGAUGAACUGGAUCAAGAAAGGAAAAAGUUCACAAUGAUAGAAAUCAAAAUGCGAAAUGCCGAGCGAGCAAAAGAAGAUGCAGAGAAGAGAAAUGACAUGCUUCAGAAAGAAAUGGAGCAGUUUUUUUCCACAUUUGGGGAGCUGACAGUGGAACCCAGGAGAACCGAGAGAGGAAACACGAUAUGGAUCCAGUGAGGCUGAUUUCUCCCACUGUCUCCAGUGGCUCUGGGGAAGACUCUGGGGGUUCUGGUGGGAAUAUUAUAUAGGAUCAGGUGGCUGGUCACCUGGCUGUACAGAGUUCUAACUGGGGAAGACAUAUCAUUUACAGACAUUGCCCAUUCAUAUCUGCAAUGUGUACCAAAGUUGUAUCAUGCCCCAUAAUGCUACUGUCAAGUGUUACAACUGGAUAUGUGUAUAUAGAGUAGUUUUUAAAAAGUAAACUAAAAAUGAGAAACAUAUCUCAAUAAUUAUUUUAUUGCAAGUCUUGUAUUUAAAAUGUUAAAUCAGUAUGUCAUUGCAGUUUAGCUUGCUUUCAAGCUUCACCCCUUGCACUUAAGCUAUUUUUGGCAUUGUGUUAUCAUCAGCUUAUUUUAUAGAUCAAUAUUUUUAUUUCCCCUUUUGUUGAGGAAAUGAAAAUAAGCAGAUAUAUAAAUAUAUAUAAGAUGAGUUAUUAAAAUCAAAAAGAAUA